CUGGCUGGAGCGAUGUAUCAGCUCGGCAGUUAAACUGCGUUUCAGAAGCUGAUACAAAUUGUAGUCGGUAGUGUUGCCAAUGGACCAUCAGCGCUCGCAGUUGAAACCACGAAGGUUUUCAAAUCACGUUUCAUUCGGUUUAGGAUCUGGAAACGAGGACAAGGGAAUAAAAAGAAGUACUAUCAGAGCCAUUCAAUUUUGACUGCCUUUGAUAAUCACGGUGUGAUUUGGGUCUCGGGAACGAGCAAUCCGGGAAUCCGAAUCCGUAGUUAAAGAGGAGACAUAUUUGAUAAAACUAUUUGACCUGCCAAAAAUGUUGCUGAACAUCGCGAAGGACAAGGAUAUUUAUCACCGAUUGACAAUUUCAAUCCGCAAUUGGGAGAUGCAGUUCCUUGGUGAUAAUGCAUUUAAUACUACAUUCAGUUCCAAUUAACGGUCAGUGAUUGAACCGAUCAACGUUACAGCCUUCGAACCUAGACUAGCUCCGCUCCAUGUUCAAUAGCAUGAUAUUUUCGGAGCUAUAAUUCAAAUGAGUAUAACAAUGCGCGCUGCUGCAUGUAUCGCCCUGUCUGCUAACCAUUACUAUUCAUCGAUUCUCAAAGUCAAGACGAAAUUGACGGUAGUAAUCAGUACAAUAAGGAGGUACUGUCAAGCUAUAAUGGAACCGUGGAAACAGAGCAACGCCGCAGACUUCUUAGGGACAUGGACCAGGACGAAAAUGGUUAUAUACUCAAUGAAAUCAAUGAUAAGAGAGGAAAUUCUCGUCUCCGAAAAUGGCUUAUCGGUGUACUCAUUUGCCUCUGUGCUUCCCUUGUGAUAGUCAACAGUUUUACAUACAGACAAUUCACCUUGUCUCGUUCCACACCGCGCUCUCACAAUCUGUUACGAGAGAAUGAGAUCGAGGUGGAUAAUAGCGAAACGGAUGUGCCGGCGGGUCCGGUUCUCGGUUUCGUCGUGAAGACAUCGGGCUGCCGAAUUCCAUCAUUCGAGGUGAUGGACGAUAGUAUCAAGCGGUACUUCCAGGGUACGACGGAGUUCCAGUGCGAUGCCGGUACUCACCUACCCCUGGUCAACUCGAACCUUACCUCGCUGUUCGUGGACCCGAAAGCGAAAGCGCAUUUCUACAAAGAUCUCGAACCCGCGAAGUGCUGCUGGAGUAGAUUUUGGAGAACGAACGGUAGUGACAACAGUAUUAGCUUCGAAUCAACGUGCCAAAACUUUGUUAACUCAACCAGGAUCAAGGACGGGGAGUUCGUCCAGGUCAAGUGCGAGAGAAAAGGAAAAGAAGUGUACAAGGACUAUCAUGCGUUUGUGCCGCGUAAGGAGUUAGUCGAAAACAGGUGCGGUUCUUCACCCGCUCCCGGACCGGAGUCUGGCCGUCUCAGUGUCCUCAUCCUCGGGUUGGACUCGGUUUCGAGGCUCAAUUUUCACCGGACAAUGCCGAGGACCGUCGAGGCGCUGCAGGGUCUUGGGGCGGUGGAGAUGAUGGGAUACAACAAGGUCGGCGACAACACCUUUCCCAACUUGGUACCCGUGCUGACCGGGUUGUCCGAAGAGGAGCUGACCAUCGCGUGCUGGACGACGAAGAAGAAGCCGUUCGACGACUGCCCUUUCAUAUGGAGCAACUUCAGCGCCGCAGGGUACCGCACUGUUCUCGGCGAAGACGCCUGCAGUAUGACAGUAUUCAACUACCUGAAGUCCGGAUUCAGGAACCAGCCAACGGACUACUAUUUACGACCGUAUUGCAUAGCGACCGAGAACGGAAUCGGCAACACGCACAAGCUGAACGCGGACCUGUGCGUGGGCACAAGAAAGACCUUCGACAAUCUAUUGGCUUACUCGCGGAAGGUCGCGAGGGAGUUCGCGAGGGACUCGUACUUCGCUUUGUUCUGGCAGGCGAGCUUGACCCACGACUUUAUCACCUAUUCUAAAUUAGGCGACGAGUCCUACCGACGGUUCAUCGACCAAGCAGCCGACGAAGGUCUCCUCGAACGCACCGCCCUGAUCGUAAUGAGCGACCACGGCAUCAGGUGGGGCAGCUUUCGGCAGACUUAUCAGGGCUACGUGGAGGAGAGGCUUCCCUUCGUGUUUACCGUCUUACCGAGAUGGUGGAGAGAGAAAUUUCCUAUCGCUUGGGCCAACUUCAGACGAAACUCACGGAGCCUUACGACGCCGUUUGACCUCCACGAGACCCUCCAGCACAUCAUGAGGCCGGAGGAACUCGAGGAAGGUAAGCUCAAGGAAAGGUCAAGGCGAAUAUUGGGGGAGAGGAACACACCCCGCGGUCUCAGCUGGUUUCUUCCUAUUCCUGAUCACCGGAAUUGCUCAAUGGCCGGCAUUACUGGCCAAUGGUGCAUGUGCCAUCUUAGCGAGAGUACUUCGACCACUGACCCCGUGGUCCAGCAGGCAGUUGGCUUUUUGGUCGAUGAAUUGAACCGCCUGCUGCGAAGCUAUCCUCAGUGCGCGGUUUUAAAGCUCAAGUCUAUUUUGAACUCUAAAGUAUGGGCUGCCCAGUCUCAUAAAUCGGACAAGGCUGCUCCGACGACUGAUUACUCCGUUACGAUUCAGACCCAGCCUGGUGACGCGAUUUUUGAGGCCUCUGUUCGACAUCGUGCUCAAGACUCGAACCAAACCCUCGUCGGAUCUAUCAGCCGAUUGAACCUUUACGGUAAACAGAGCGCCUGCGUUGAUGACUUUAAAAUGCGCCUGUACUGUUUCUGUCCGUGAUUAUGAACCCCGCACAUCACACAUAUCUCAUGGAUAUUAUAUACUUUUGAUAUUUUAUAGUAUUUUAAAUAAAUAUUAUACAAUGUUGAGCCGUUAUUUCACGAUUACGUAUUUGAAUUCGGGUUUCGCUCGAAGAGUGAACCCGACUAUCUGGAAACAAGUUCAAAUACCCGACCUACGCAUCUUUGUUUUUGAAACUGUGAUACAGAAUUAAUUUUAAUUAGAUACAAAUGUUGACGUGUAGUAGCGUAUCUCAGCUGGAAAGUUUGCCAAAGUUGUGUGGAAAACAUGUUUUUACUUUUUAGUUUACUUUACACCGAAUUUAAACACCGGGAUAAAAUCAAAAUGGCCGCCGUUGACACGCUUCAAAUUUUGCUAUGACUGUAGGAUCAUUUUAGGUACAAAAAAGACACCAGGUGCUAUUUCAUGCCUGUCGAAAUGAUGGCAACAGUAUUUUAGUUAUAUUUCUUGUAUUAUUUCCAGUAUUCCACCGAUAAGCGCUUAUAAACUGGGGAUUUUUUGUCGGGUUUUCGGAGUUUUUUGAAAAAUGUCAACAAUCGUGAGUUGGUUGAUAUAUUUCGUUUUGUACGCCUCUUGGCGCGACUUUUGUUCUGCCAAUAAUUACAAGAGUUUGAAGUGUCAUUCGAAAAUCGUUGUAUCGAUUUGACUCGACCAAGAGAGGGGAGCAAUUUGUUUUCUGAUAAUAAUCGACGAGGGAAUAGCAUGUGGCUGCAGUCGUACAAGGUAUGAAUAAAUAAAUACUGCAUUAUUGAUUUUUCACUUACUGUAUAACUUGUGAACAUCAUCAUGCAUUGCAUAUAUUAAUAGUUGUACAUUAUUAAUGCAAAAAUUUUCUUAAGUCUAUGCGUCGCAAUAAUUUCUGCGCAUCCUAUUGGCCAUUCACACAUCAGUAAUCAUAAUGAUACUAAUAAUAACUUAUAAAUUACACAUCAUCCGUUCGGUUCUUGUUCAGUAGAAUAAAGAUAAUGAAAUACAUUGCGUAAGGCAGUUAUUAUAAAUUUUCUAUCUCAUGUUAUUUGAAGAGAAUUAGAAGAAAUCUUUAUAGCCGGCUAGGAUGCUGCGACAUGUGCUCCAUGUAUU